CCGGUAGCCGCUCGCUCGCAGCUCCGCCGACUAACGGCGUUGUCGCCGUUCCGCUCGACGCACGCCGACGCCGACGCCGCCUGCGCGCGAGGCCGCGGCACGCCGCGCCGCACCGCGCCGACACGGGCGGGCGGGCAGACACACACUUACGGCAGUCGAGGGCAGUCGAGAGGCUGCCCGUCGUGCGUGGUGCUGCUUAGUAGCUGGCCGUGUGCUAGAGAGCUUCGCCACUGCUCGUGCUGCUGGCCUGCUGGCAGCCGGCGCAAAGGCGCGUUACCCCCCAGUCAGUGAAGCGAGAGAGCCGCGACAGUGCGCGAGCGAGAGUUCACGGUGACGGAUCGGUCUGCUCCUCUGCGACAGCAAAAAAAAAAAAUAACGAAGCGCACUGUUUAACAGAGAGGGAGAGAGAGAAAGAUAGUCGAGGCAGAAAGAGCGCGCUCAGACAGACAUUCUGGCAAAGAGAGAGAAAGAGAGAGAGAGAGAGAGAAAGAGAGAGAGAGUCCAGCUGAAAAGUGGCUGGAUUGUCUAUCGGAACCGUCGUGAAGGAGUUGCGAACGCAAACUCCAGCAAAUACUGUACGAAUUGAACUAAAGUUGUAAAAAAUGCACGAAAGGGGGUAAGCUUCCGCGCGCACCGGGUAGGUCCUGCUUAAACGAACGCUGAACCACUGAUUUGCUAAUCCGCUACGUACUCGGUACCACCGUGCACGAGCGGAGCACAAUUGCUCGAUGCGCCGGUGCACCACCAGCUGCAGCUGCCACCGCCGCCGCUACUACCGCCUUUACGGUGCUACCACUACCGCCGGUGCUGCUACCGCCGCUAUUGCCGCCGCCACCGUCGCCACCGCCACCACCGCCACCACCGCCGCCACCGCCGCGCCGCUGCCGCCGCUGCCGCCGCUGGCAAGACCUCGCAGAGGUGUCCACCUCGUGGCAGCCGACACUUCCUACCGGACGGUGGUAGUGUCCAGGCGCGCUGGACGACGCACCAGCUGUAGUAGUCAGUCGUUCGACAGAAAAGGUGGAGGAAGAACGUGUUGUCUCGAUGGCACUUGGUGGUAGUUCCUCGUCGCGCGACCAAGGGUGGUCGUCGAGUUUCGAAUAGAGAAAAGCAAAAGGGGACAAAGACAGUCGAAAGAGAGAGAGAGAAAGAGAGAGAGAGAGAGAGAGAAAGAGAGAGAAAGGGUGCUGAAAGGGACAGAGACAGUUGAACCCUUCUUUCCUUCCGCGCUCGACGCGUGUCAUCGUUAAUACGUAGCGCGUAUACGUUUGGAGGGUUUCUUCCCUCCGACGCGGCGGAUAUAAUACGCGGAUUCCUCGAGGCCUUCACCCUCGUCGGUCGUCGGUGCGUCACGCGUCACGGUACUACGGCACUCCGGAACGUGUGUCACGUGAAAGGAGCAGCGCGGCGCGUCAGGGUCGUCGUCCUGACGGUAAAUCCGAGAACGAAAAAGCGCGUCCUCGCGAAACGGACUAUCUCGUCGUACCGCCGCGAUCGUCCGCUAUCAUUUCACAAAACGUAUUUUUCGCAGGGAUAGUACAACCGUCGAGAUAUCGUUGCUGGCAGGAAUACAGUGAUCGGUAGCAGAUUCGGACCAGAAAUAGAGAGAGAGAAAGAGAGAGAGAGAGAGAGGGGGAGAGAGAGAGAGAGAGAGAGAGAGCGACGGCUCUGAGAAAGGGUUCAAGUGGUUAGUCAGUUGAUCGGUUGAUCGCGGUCGGUUAGUUGGUUGGUUGAUUGGUGCUACGUGUGCCGGUGGCUAGUGGUAGCUCGGCUCGGACGGCCCAGGUAGCGGUAAUGCCUCGUAGCAGCGAUCUCGUCGCCAGGUCGCACGGUGUCGCAGGCAGGGUGAGGGACUGGGCCGCCGAAGGUAGUACUGGCGCGGGUGUAGUUGCGGGCACCGCGGGCAGGAUACGUUGACGAGCGCAGCCGACUCCGGUGGCACGUUGCUGGCCACCGUCGUCGUCGCUGCUCCCGCAGGCCAUGUAUCGAGGCGAGCCGGCGAUCGACCGUGCCGGCGGCGGCGGCGGUAACCGCAGUGCCGGCGACCCGCGCCGAGCGAGAUCGCCGCGUCGACGUCGUGCAUCGGCGGCCGCCGACCUGCUCGAGGACGCCGACGGUGAGGAAGAGCCCUACGGGAAAGAGAAGGAGGAGGAUGAAAAGGCCUACGUCGUCCUCGAUGUGCAACCAACGUCGUACGGCGACUCCACGGCGAGGGUGUGCUGCGACGAUGACUCCUGCUGCUGUCGUGCCGCCCAGAAGAGGCCGGGCAGAAGACGGCGCGGCACGGGAAAUGCUCUCAUCAGGAUACUUUAUGUCGCUGCCGCCGCUGCCUUCCUCGCGCUUGCCGUCUCACCAGUGUCUGGAACGACGAAUAAGAAAGAGGAAGAGACGGCGGUAUCUUCGAUCACAGAAGGACCUACCGUAGUCCUUGGCGCGAGAACAAGGACAGGAAACGAUCCUGGAGGAGGUAUAGAUCUAUUAGCAGCCCUGCAACUUCACAAUACUACUCGAGAGGGCGUUACGCUGGUGCCGGGUCUGGUUAGACUGAGACCAGCCUAUUAUCUUCAGGGCGAGGAGAGGGAGCUCCGACUGAACGAGGAGAACUUCGAACGGGCAGCCGCGCUACUCCGGCGGGUUCCGGAAUUCACUAUAGCCGCCACGCUGCGCCAGGAGGAGACCAAUUCCGGGACGAUCGUCGCCUUUGCACACGGGAACAAUAGGUACUUGGAGCUGCAGAGCAGCGGACGCAAGGACGAGCUUCGACUACAUUACGUAUCACGCCGCGACGGAAUCGUACACGUCGAGGCGUUUCCUUUCCGACUGGCCGAUGGCGCCUGGCACAGGGUCGCCGUGAGCAUAAGCGGCUCGCAGGUCGAGCUGCUAAUUGACUGUCACCCCUUGUACAGGCGACUACUGAGACCUGGUCCACCCGACACCAAUUUCACCCUACCGCAGCUCCAACUUUGGGUAGGGCAGAGAAACGUCAGGCACUUUCUUUUCAAGGGUGCUUUGCAGGACGUCAAGUUAAUAGCAGGACCUCACGGUUAUCUUUCCCAGUGUCCUCAACUCGACUCAUCCUGCCCCACAUGUGGUCAAUUUUCAAUAUUACAGAAUACUGUGGAACAACUACAGCAUAAUCUCAACGAGUUGACUCUUAGGCUAGCCGCUGCAGAGGGCAGGAUAAGCAAAGUAGAGGAGUGUGAGUGCCAAAAGUCCUGUAGGGUGAACGGUACCGUCCACGAGGACGGUAAGACCUGGGAGAAGGAUUGUGAAUAUUGUUCCUGCGUUCACGGCGAAAUCGAGUGCAGGCCGAUACCCUGUACUCCGGUCGAUUGCAAGAAUCCUGUCAUUCCAGAGGGAAAAUGUUGCCCGAUUUGUCUCAAACAAUGUAUGAUGCACGACAACAUAUACGAUCACGGUGUGAGGGUCUCGCCGAAGCAGUGCGUCGAGUGCAACUGCUACGACGGUAUCUUUACUUGUCAGAAAAUCGACAUGGACACCAAAUGCCCGCCACUGGCGUGUCCACCCAGCGAGCAAAUCAGCGUGGCGGAGGAAUGCUGCAAGUUUUGUCCAGGGGUGGACUACUGUGGGUUGGGCCACACGUGUCACACUAACGCGACCUGCCUGAAUCUUCAGACGACCUUCGCUUGCAGUUGCGAUAACGGCUUCCAAGGAGAUGGUCGUAUUUGUCACGACGUGGACGAAUGCAAGCAGGAAGAUGGAUCAAACUACUGCAACGCAAACACGAAGUGCGUCAAUGUGAUCGGCUCUUACACGUGCGAGUGUCUUCCGGGUUACUAUAGAAUAGACGCGUUCAACUGUGCCGAGUUAGACGAGUGCGCGACUGGUCAGCACUUAUGUGACGAGCACGCCACAUGUGUGAACACUAAUGGCAGCUACUACUGCAUCUGCAAGGACGGCUAUAUCGGCGACGGCUUCACGUGCAAACCUAUGUGCAAUCAGACUUGCCAGAAUGGUGGAGAAUGCGUGGCACCUGGAAGGUGCUCCUGUCGACGCGGUUAUAUCGGCAACAGUUGCGAACUCGAUUUGGACGAGUGUGCCAGCGAUUUGCAUCGGUGUCACCAAUCGUCCACGUGCUUCAACAUGCCCGGCUGGUAUUAUUGCCGGUGCAAGCCUGGCUACAGGAGUGCCCUGCACGACAGUACCCAAGGCACGCAAUGCAUCGACAUCGACGAGUGCAACGAUUUAACGAUUGAGAGGAGGCAUACAUGUCAUCCUACCGCGAAAUGCGUGAAUACCAUCGGCGGUUAUGAGUGCGUGUGCCCACCAACGAAGGACCUGGAAGAGUCCGAAAAAGAAUGCAGACUGAGUUGUUGGUUCGAAAAUCGUGAAGUCAACAAUGGCGACACUUUAGCGCCGUCCGGAAAUCCUUGUAGGACAUGCACGUGCCAAGACGGCGUCAUCACUUGCAAGGAUCCCGUAUGUGAUUGCAGCAAACCGGGAAGCCACAGGGACAAGUGUUGCCCACAAUGCAAUCCCGCCGCAUCCUGCAGGCAUCAGGAGCUCCAUCACCUAGUCUUCAGAAGCGGAGAACGUUGGAUAUACCAGUGUCAGACUUGCGAGUGCCUGUACGGCGAAAUAGACUGCUGGCAAAUGGAGUGUCCACCGGUGACCUGCUCGAACCCCGUGACCGAGGAGGGCGAUUGUUGCCCGCGCUGCGAGGACGAUCCCUGCGCUCGUGAGGUGCCGGUGAACGGCACCUCGUUGACGGUUCCUAGUCGUCCCCGGCCGUGCAGCUACGCCGGCAUCGUCCACGACAGCGGCAGCUCCUGGCAGGACCCCCACGACAAGUGCACCACGUGCGAGUGCAAGGUGCCGUACUGCGCCCAAUUGGUGAGCAAUAGCGCGUGUUGUGUGCAUCGGACGGGCAGCUUUGCUGCAGCUACGAUUACGGCUGCGCUGGCGAUCUGGGUGACGACAAGCAGCAACAUUCUCCAGUCGCUGUUCCUGAGCCUCUCGUACGCUAUCCAUCAAACCCUGCGGUCCAGUCGUUGGUCAACGAUGCACCGGAAGCAGCUCUACCAGCGGUCACCGGCACCCUCGGCACCACACGCACCAUCACCACCGCUGUCACCACCUCGGUCGCGAGCACCGCUUCCCCCGUUUCGUCGCCCUCGCACUACUCGUCAUCCUCCAGCAUCAGCAAUGACAAGCCCUACGAUCUCAAGCAAGGUCACGCAACGGGCUCGCACAUCUCGGCCAUGUCGCGAAUCCAGCAAAGAAACGUGGCCUCUCAUACCAUUAGAUCGCAACAACAGCUACGCCAGCAGCAAACGUCGCCGACCACGAGACACCAACAGUUCGUUGGAGAUUCGACGACGUUGUCGACGGCAUCAGAACGGUCCGCGGUGCCGUCGACGACGACGACGACGAGAACGCCAUCCGCGACGUCCAUCGACAGCAGGUCGACAUCGUUACGACGCGGCCAGCCGUCGAAUGUCGUUAAUCGCCGCGGCGGUUUUUCCUCUUCCUCGUCAUUAUCGUCGCCGAGCAGCAGGAAGUCCAUCGUCCUCGACAGCGCCACUUGAGGGCCGUGGAUCUAGAGGAAGAUAGAAAAGAACGAACCCGACACACUUGGCAAGGCAUUCCAGAGGGAAAAUCCGAGGAGGAUCUCCCAUAGACGUGCGGCGCGCGUUGUCCGUCUAUUAUAUCCUCGGCAGAAAAGGGGGAAAUAAGAUCGACAGUUUGCGAAGAAGAGGAAGAAGAAGAAGAGGCAGAAGAAGAAGAAGAAUGGGAUUAUUGGCGGUACGCAGCCGAUGGUCGCGAAGAAUCGGCGUUACCGCCGAUUGCCACGAGGAAGAUUCGUUCCUUUUCCUGGAGCCUGUUUCCGGAAUUCGUGUAUCCGGCAAUUCCGAAGAAUAACGAACGGUCAACCUCGUCAAAGGAGCUAUAUCGACGAUCUUGUCAAUGAUCUUGGCCCUAGUCUCGCUAGACUCCAAGUUCUCAACGCUAAAAAUCGAGAUCGCCGAUACUCUGUCAAGCUCGUGUCGUUUACGGAUAAGAUCACGUAGUCGCUAUUGACAUCCGGAUCUAGAACAGCCGCGGGUCGGGCUUGUGGCUGAGAGCGCGUAUGCGUCCAGAACGUUCGCUUUUCCGCUUGAAUCGCUCGCUCGAGCUCUGCGGUGACUUUUUACGCUUUUGGUCACCACCAGACAAGUGUCGGGAUGCGGCGCUAAUCGUUUCUCGAUAGAUAAUCGGUGCGGAAAUGACUUUUAACAUCAAGAUUUUGCGCACAAUGACUAGCUUGCAAAAUAUUGAAUAAAUAAAUAUAACAGCAUUCGAUCGAGCCAAGAAUGCAAAUUGAUCUAAAUAAAAGUUGAUUUUAUUUUCAAAUUUCCACUGAAAGCGGAAGUUUAAGUGUCCGCGAUAGUAUCCGAAUAUUGAUUACUUACAAAACUUGUUUACGCUCUCACGAAUGCAUAACAAAAGAACUUUGUAUUGUUGAAAACAAAUAAAUUAGAAUAAUAUAAAGGUAGUAGAUAAGAGUGAACAAAAGUACACACAUCAGAGAGAGUUAAAGGCUAUUUUUUGUGAAUCUUCUGAAUAAGGUAUCAGUCAUGUAAUAUGCAAUUUAAAAAAACGGACAGAAUUUCCUUAUAAAUAAUUUAUUUUCCUCGCAUAAAUUUGCAAUUGUUUCAUUUGCUCUUCAAGUGAAACGAUUACGAAACUGUUGUUUAAGGAAAAUUAUUUACAAACAUAGUGAUAUUGUUGCAGCUAAGGAAUAUUGCAUAUUUUGCAACUCAAUUCAGAAUUAGAUCGUACCAAGCGUAAACAAUGUACCGUCGUAUUUUCACAUUGUCAGAAAAAUUGCAAGAAGGCGUAUAAGCGUAAGUACAUAACGAUACGAGUAUCAAGUAGUUGUGAUAAAUAAUUGCGUGUAGGUCAGAAGAUUUUUCAAUAUUCCAAGCAGAAAAAAAAUGUAUCCCGAAUCCACGAAUUGAUAGAGAGGAUAUUCAUGAAUUGAUAGAUUCGUAGUAAUUAUAUUUGACGAUGUUGAUCUUCAGCACCGAUUGUCGAUCGAAGCUGUGUCGCGCGUCCUCCGUGGAUCGAGCAUGAUCGAGCGAACUGAGGGCGCAGAUUCGCUUUCGCAGAAAAGAUUCUCUCCUUUCGCGAAUAUGUAGCGCACAAUAUUUGGGCCUUAUAAAGUAAAUUGUUGAUGUUCCGCUAAAUCAUAUAAACACUUGUAUGUAUGUAUGUACGUAAACGACGGUAAAGCAGGGGCGAUAUAUAUGUUUGUCGUAAGGAAUUGAUCCCUGACGGAGGGGAGGAGACUCAUACACUGAUGUAUAUUAUAUGUAUAUGUUAUAUAUAUAUAAUAUACAUAUGAAGAAAAGUAGAAAACGUAUGUAUUAUAUUAUACCGUGUAUUAUAUAUGAGUAAUUCCCGCGAAUCCAUCGAUAUCUCCAAUUGAACGGACCGACUGUCGUCAAUACCGAUGACAACGCAGGUGGCUCUCUAUUACGCUAGAAAUAUUCACUAUGGAGGAUCAUAUCUCGUGACAAUAUGAGCGAUAUGAGGCCCCGGAACAUUUACAAUCAUCGUAGCGUGCGUAUUCGGCAAUAAGAAAUAGUUACGCUUGUGUGAGAGAGUACGUUUAAGGGUAAUAGGGUAGACGCGAUCCUGAAACCCAAAGAGAAUUCAGUCUAUCUUCUAAGCCAAGGAUUCGGCUCGAUCCGAUUUCUACUUAAUUCUUAAUCAUCCUGAAGAAGACGGACUUGUGUUCGAUUCACGGCUCUCGCAUGAGGUGUCGGAAUGCGUCACCGAGAGACAGAAUGGCUUUACGACUCACAGUGUGGCAAUAAGAAAAAAAAAAAAAUUUCUAACAUUGUGGCAAUCGUUCACCAUUAAGGUAUCGAAUGAAGAGUGCAGCUAGUAGUAUUAAUUAAACGAUAAUAGUUCGCGAUUCUUAUGUCACAAUUAUAAAACAGUUGUUUCUGCGGAAUGCAGUUAAUGUCAAUUGAAAGAGUGAAUUUUGUAGAUAUAUUGCAUACUGUGUAGUUAAAAGGCCGAAAGGCCGAAUCAAGGGCCUUGUGGGGCCCUUCCUGCCCUAAGACGAGGUAGAAAUCAAGUAUGUCCGCUAUUCCGACGUUCCCGGAACGACGGAAGGCUAAGUUAGACUUUUCCUACGUGCGACCCAUGAAAUGCGCGGAGUCAACGGAUUUUGACCUCUUGUCUGCGCUGGAUAAUUAAGCUCUCUCGGUGCUAAGUUCCGCAGAAAGACUGCCGUUCUUCAGCAUUUCGCCCGUUCGCAAAGUGUGCAUUUGUAAUAGAGUUGGUUCUUGCAGAAUUAAACGUAAGAUAAUUUUUCGUAGCAAAACGCGCGUGCGUGAGUUGAAUUCACAAUAUAGAUAUACGACGAAUACGCCAGGUAGCAAGGUGAUGUUAAUUUGGUUGUAACAAAAUAACAACGAGUAAUGUCAGCUUGCUAUUCAAGUAUUUCCCUGAAGAAAAAAAAACUUAAUUUGUUAUCGCUAUUUAUUUAAUAUAACGAGUUAAUGAUAAUUAUAAAAAGCAUCGAAUCUCUGAAAAUCAGUCAUUUGCGUUCUCUUCUUUCUUUCAGCAACUCGUCAUUGAUAUGUUUACUGACUGCCGCAUCAUUUUACGCAUUCACAGAUGUCAAAGCAAUCAAAAAAGAAAAAAAAAUCUGUCAAAGCCCUAAACAUCUCCACAAUUUACAUCGACACGUGAACUGCUUGUUUACAUCAUAGACGUAUCUAAUAAACAUUCGGAAUUAUCACACGACUUGAGCGUAGCGCCGAUUAAUAAUUAAUCAGACCAGAAGUUAAGUAUUUGCAAUCCGCCUACGAGCAAUAGCCUAACGGAUGAUCAUUAUAAUCGAGAUAAUCGAGAACGCGGGAACAGGCAAGAACACUUAGCCCGUCUAAUUUUAGAGAUCUUAGUCGUAACCGCGAUGAAGAAAGAGCUAAACGUAAUCGUUCAAACUCCGAGCGAUGCACGGGAAAAAAUUGCAAACUUUUCGCCGUGUCAAUUAUAGAGUCUCCCGUUAUUAUCAGUCAGAUACCGGACGAUGAACGUGCCGGCUGGCUUGAACGAUUCUUUAUUUCGCUCAACUCAACUUGACCACUACAAUUACAUUCCUCCUUGACUAACAAUAAAUAGGCACUAAUGAGAGAAACAUAUAUAAAUAAAUAAAUAAAUAAAUAAAUAUACAUAAGGCUCUUGCUACUUACGCCGUUUCUUUCACUCGCGAAUCUUUUGAUUUAAAACGGAUUCUAUAUUUUUACUAACACAAUUACACAGCAUAAUAAAAAAUAUUCAUACGAUAUUGCAAACAAAAAUUUUCUCGUCUUUAGUUAUUGUAAUUUGAAAAAACUAAAUUUAUCAAAGAUUCGCUGAAAGAAGAUACAAUAAGGACGCAAGGCAUCCUACAUAUGUAUAUUUAUAUUAUUGUGUAUAAAUACUAUAAAUACAUACGAAACACACACGGAGGACACGUAUGAACAUACACAUGUAUACAUGGACAUUACGGAGAGAAACGCUUAAUUUGUAAUCGAUUAAUUGAAUUGGAACGAUGCCAUUGCGUUUCGUCGUAGCCGAACGAAUUAUUAUGUGUGAGAAGGAAAGGAGAAAAAACAUGAGAAAUCGAAAAUGCGUCAACGUUAUUUCUCUGGCUCGAAUUUGUCAGCUCUACGUAAUAAGAAUAACUAAAUAUUAUAGUAUCUAUCUAUAAUAAAAAAUCUUUAAGAAAUAUAGAGAAACGCACUAAAUCAAACGUCUAUCAGCUACGUUAUGAUAUCACAAUACAAAAAAAUAUUGACAGUACGUUUAGAAGUUUGAAAAAUUGCUGCCAAUUUGGAAUACUAUUUAUCUUGCCAUAAAAGACGGAAUAUUAUACAAUCAGGAAUGCAGAUUUUAAUUGCUUAAACGUCUUUUAAAUCAAUAAAUCGACUUUGCUUCGCAGAAGUUUAAUAUAAGGGACCAUCACUUGUCAUAAGCUUUUCAACACUCAAUAUUCGUCGAUAGUCAAUAUUUUGAACUGAAUAGUAUUUUUGUGCAAGUAAAAAAUAAAGUAAGCCUUUGUUUAUUUACAUCUUAGAAUAUUUAAAUCAUUGAUGACUUAAUAUUUUGUUUACCGAAAAUCUUUAUUGUUUUUGAUACAAGAGAUACUAAUGCUUCAAUAUGAAUUUUUUACUUUAUUUUUCAUUAUGUGGCAUUUAAGCACAUAUUAAGAGUUUUGCUGUAUUUUCUGUAUAAUUUUUAUGACAUGCGAUGCUGUUGCAAAUUUAUUGGAGCAAAUAGUUAAAAAUAGGAAACUUAAAAUAUCUCAGAGCUGUAACAAGUCUGUCUUUGAUUUGUUUUAAAUAUAUUAUUAUAACCAAUUUGUCUUUAACUUCUAAUAUUACCUGACGUUCUUGUUUGUAUUUUGCACUCUUUUUAUACUCUAAGCCAUCCAGCUUUCCAACCUUUUGCUGCGGUUCUAGUUGAUUUAUUUAGCCAAUCAAUCAGCUACUUACCUGUAAAACAAUUAAAAAAACAAUUAAAGAUAAAUUAUGAAGGUAAAAUUAAAGUCCAAGUUAUUUUUUAAAAAAUAGAGAGAAAAAUAGAGAUAUUUGCGAGUUCUGAAAAAAAAAAUAAAUAAAAAGGUAAAAGAAAUACAGAAAAAAAUGCGAUUUUAUUGCGAUUGGACAAAAUGGGAAGAAAUUCGAGCCGAGAAAAUAUAAGUGACGGCAAACGAUACACGAAACACACAUAUAGACACACAUUGACACGGAACCUAGAAAUGACCCUUGAAAACUAGAGAUGGCUCAUUGUGUCCCAAAAUAAAAUUCUUUCGUAAUAGUCAAUAGAAAACUGAUAGAUUUGUUAGCAGAACAAUAUAACAUUACAUUUUCAAACACUUUCACUUUACGACGAAUCUUUUCAAUCAGAUAAUGCGAAAUGCAUUAAGAUGAAUCAGUUAUCCUGAUAAAACAAACAAGCAAAACAGAAAAAAAAGUAUCAGUUUAAACCUUUUUUCAUUUUUGUUUUAUAUGUGAAGCAACAAUGUACGUGAAAAUAUUAAAAUAACUUGCAAAAUAAUAAAACAAUUUGGUCAUAUUGUAAAAUCUAACGAACUUCCAUCAGAUUCUAGUGACAAAUCUUACACGAUGGGAUAUAACGGGUUCUGCUCUGCGCCUUAAGCACUUCGUACAUAUGCAUGAGCAACAUAGCGUGAUGACACGGAUACGCCGAUCUAUUGAAAAAGAAGGAUUAGGCUAGAAGAAAAUGAGAGGAAUAAUAGUAUAAUAAUAAUUAUAAUAAUAUAAUAACAUUAUUAAUAUUAUUAAUAACAUAACAAUAACAAUAAAUAACGCUGUUACUCAGAUUGUAUAUAGUCCUGUAAUGUUAUAGUACCAUAUAGGAACGACAAAUAUACUAUAAUUAAUUAAAUACACGACACAUACACAUAUACCAGGGCGCGCGUGUGCGCAAAACGAUCAAUAACGAUUAAUCGUAUGAUCCUAGCUAUUUACACACGAGAUUAAAAAAAAAAUGAAUUGUACGAAUUUAUGUAUGGAACAAACGAUGGGAAAAAGGGAAGAUAGUCGAAGAGACGCUAAAUCAUUGCCGGCCGUUAUGCUGUUUCGUAUGACGAUGUCGUUCACGUUCCGGCUACAUUUUCCAUAAAAAUCAUUUUAUUUUCGGUCAAACGGUUUUGAUUUGAACGGCGCGAUAGGCGUGAAUGUAGCUGAUGCUUGUCACGAAGGGCAUAGGUAAAUUCAGAUUCAAAACAAUCCACUUCGUGCUGCUCUUUCUUAUAGCAAGCUAUAAGCUGUAUCUGCUAUAUCAUCCAAAAAUUUACGUUCAAUUACCAUUUAUAGUAAUAUAAUUGAUUUCGUAGGAUUUCUGUUAAAGUACAAUUGACAUUUCACAAGAUUUUUUACCACGUUUAAGUUAUUUGGUGGCAAAAUCCAUAAUCUUACGUUCUGUUAAAAAAUUUUGUAAUAUUAUAGUUCACUCCUAAUUAUUGUUUCAUGAUUCAUCAUAUCAUCGUUUAACUGCGCGCAAUCAGUUUCCUUCAUAUCACAUAUAGUUAAGCAUUAAUAAACAUAAUUUAUUAAACAUAUCAAAUAAGUUAUUCUACACUACGAAUUUAAUAUCUUAAGAUAUAUUAACAUUUUAAUAUAUUAUAAUUGGCUUUUAUAUCAAAUGGCGAUUUUAUUUAGUUUAAAUAUUUUAUUGUUAUCUCUCCUCGAAAUGAAUCUUAAUUACAGAGAAGAAAGAUUUUCUUUUUGCCCUAUGCCCUUCGAAUCGUAUUCAAUUGUCUACAAUGUAAGUAGACAUGUAACUUAAUAUAUUAUCGAUAUACGUGUAAGUAUAAAGCGGUGAAUGAUUUUCGAAACGCCAAUGUUUAUCGGCUUAUCGGCGAAUGAUAAUUAACGAUGGAGAACAAUUAAAUGAUUACUGCUGCAUACCUUAUUAAUAAAUAAGUGACACAGAGAUCGCUCUUAUUAAAGAAGAAUGCGUAUUCAAAACAAUAUAGCUUUAUUCUGUGGAAUAAAAAAAAAUCGAGGAAAUCUUACCGCCAAGACGCAAAGAGAAUUAUAAAAAUCUUUUGUACGAUUUCGAGAUCUUAUGUGUUCUUUGUACAUAAUAAUUAAUCAAAGGCGAAUUUUUUGUGAAAGUUACACGCAAAAUCAACAGUUGUUAAACGGCGAUAAUUAUUUCAACUUGUCUACUGAAUGUGUGAUUAUUUGGAGAAAAAAUAAAUCACCAUUGUACUAGAAAACAAUUAAAUCUCAUCGAUGUAAAGUAUUCAAAAGUUUAAAAACAUCAAUCAAACGUUCGAGUCAAUUCUAUAUAACGAAUAAUAAUUUUCAUUGUAAACAUAUACCAAACGUUGACCUCACAUAAUGAGAAUUACAUCUGAGAGUAUGUCGGCCUCUUCAAAGAUUAGGAAUUUGUCUAGUAAGGUGAUAUUUUUAGACAGAUAAAUCAGGUAGGUAGAUCGAUAGAUAAAUCGGUACCUAUAAUCAGAAUGGCGAUAGACAAAGUCAAAUUCGCGUAUUCGCGUAUUCGCGUAGUGAAUUUCUAUGUACAUAUAAACGUUCAUUAUCGUAUAUCUCGGAGCUUAACCUGUUAAACGGAUUUGACAAAUAUGCUUUUCGCAAACUCAAUACUGUAUUAUGUAAAGAAUCAAUAAGAACGUUCCAGAAAUUCCUCAAUCUACACAAAUAUGUUCGAAAUAAAAUAAUAUAAUCUUUGGCCGUAGCCUAAUCGAAGAUAUAAAAAUCAAACGAUGAAAAUAUUUUAUUAAUCGGUCCACUUUGGAGAUUGGACGAAAGUAUAACGAAGACAGAUUUUCCCUUAAGAGGAUUAAUAAUCGGCUUCAUACGUGAAGAUACGUUUCAAGGGGAAAAUUGAUCCGUUCGCCUUUCACCUUAUGGUGAUGAACUCGAGUCAUUUGUGCAGCCUAGUGAAAGCUUUACGCGUGCCUCAUACGAUCAACAUUACUAUCAGUGCAAAUAAUGAAAUAAUAUUACUAUGAUUACGAAAUAAGCUCUACGCAAUCAAUAACAGCCUCGAUAGUCAAGAUUGUCAAGACUGUCACUUAAGCAGUGACGGUAAUCGAAGGCGUUCAGAAUUUCGUAGCUCUAUUUAAUAUUAAAAGAUACUGUUACGUUUGAUCAAUAGAAUGCCUCAGUACCACAAGUAACUACUACAACGACUAUCAGUAAGCGCUUGUUGUGGAAUGCGAGGAGAUCACUUAUCGGGAACUACUAUUCCUCGUUCACUUUUCUAUCACUUUCAUAUUGUCUAAGACUCAAAAAAUCAAUAGAAGUAGCUUUCAUUAUCCUGACAAAGUGGGGAAUGAUCGUGUCUUCUAUUAUACGAAGACUACUUACAAGGGACAUUGUGUAAUUUUGUUUAAUUUUUGGCCUUAAAAUCUGUUAUAUUAAACAUUGACGUCUAAGAGAUUCAAUUUUUUUUCGUACGCAUGCCUAAUUUAAAGAGCAAAACUAGAAUCUUUUUUUGACAUUUUUUAAAUUUAUUUAUCGCAUCAAAAAAGUUUACAUUAAAAUUUGUUCAGUUAAUUGAAAAACCAAAUAUAUCAUCAAAAGAAGGUUCCAAUUUUGAAACUUUAGAAGCUAUUUUAAACUUAAAUUUAAUUAAACUUGAAAAGAUAUAUAUCUGUACAAUUUUAAUGCUUAAUAAUAUAUUUCACAAAAAAAUUGACGCUGAUCACUUACAAGGAAAGUUUGGCAAGCAUAAUUAAAAAAACUCUAAAACUUUACAUAAGCACAUAAACCUAGUCAAUGACAACAAUUUUUUGGAGCUACUGAUAAACAAUUUUAAAAGUAGAAAUACUCUCUUUAAAAAAUUGGUUUUUACACUUCUAAGAAAGCUAAACAAUAAGAAAAAUGAAAAAAAAGGUUUGAAUAAAAAUUUCAUGGUUUUAAAAACACUUUAUAACAGUAUGAUAUUAAAUUUAUCAAAAUAUCCUUAUAAAUUAUCAUAUUUAAAAAUUUUUUAAUUUUUGUGCAAUUAAAUUAAAGUUUAUUUUACGCCAAAUUUUAUAUAUAAUAAAGUUGUAUUCCGUAAAUAUAUUUUUGAGAAAUAAACUGAAAAGGCCCGUAUACGCAUGCUAUUAAUUUAUUUUAUCGACCCGCUACUUGUCUACGACAGCCCUCCUCUCUCUCUCUCUCUCUCUCUCUCUCUCUAUAAUUUUUUUCAAUAUAUGUAAACAGAGUCUCGAAAUUUGUAAAUUAAAAUACCGCAUUAAACACUUAUAUCUAAAAAAAAUUAUUGUUUAAAAUUAAAAUUUACAAAUGAAUAUUCUACUUCAUUUCUCGAAAACUAUCUUGUUAUAAUAUUUUAAUUUGCAAAAAUUCUAAGUUCACAAAGAAAUAUAAGUAGUGUAUAUAUAAUUUCGGGACAUCUUAUAUGUAUAUAUUAUAUAUCCAUUUAUUUUAAACAUUCAUUUAUUGCAACUCACAUCUAUUUCGAUAAUCUUCCAACUAUUCAAAGUUGAUAACUUUCUUAUUAUGUUAGUCAAUAAAUUUUCAUAUAUUCACAUAUAAAAUUUUAUAUAUAAAUAAUAAUAUUAAUGUUAUAUUACUGUCUUACAUAUAAAUUUUUUAUGCUGGAUAUAUGAUAGUAAUAAAUAAGAAAUGUAAGUAGUGUACAAUUAAUUAUAUUAUAGUCUUUUAUAUAAUACAUUUUUGUAUGUAUGUAUAUUUUUUUAUAUCAUACUGUCUUCUGAUUUGGCUCUAUUUACGCAUAACACAAGAUAAUAUUAUAUGUGUAUAAAUCGAUUUGAUAUUGUACUAGACGCAAUGUAUUUAUUUUUAGAAUGUCACUUAUAAAUAUAAUAAUUCACGUAACAAGAAACAUUACAUAUAAUACAUUAAUGAACCCAUUUUAGUAUGCUGUAUCAUCCUAGACUCUAAUCUUUAAUUCUACAACGCUUAAUAAAUGAUACAGUGUAGCUAUUGAUAAAUUUUACAUUCGAGGAAACAGAUCACUCUUAAUUUAUGUAAAAGAAAUUUUUCGAACAUUUCACGUUUUACUUAUAAACUAAAACUUUAUAGAUAUAAAUAACCUAAAUAUGAAAAGAAAAGAAAAAAUAAAAAAGUACAUUAUCAAAAUCAAUCUUGAAAUGAUAUAGUGUUCAAUGUUUUUUCAUAAGCAUGUAGCAUACACUUAUAUAUUUAGAAUAUUUAAGGGUCAUAUACGUUAAACUUACAUAUCAAGUCAUUGUAGAAUUUCUUUGUCAUGUCUAAUUCAAAAAGUAUUUAAUCAGUUUAAAAAAAUUUUUUUACAAUAUACUUGGCUUAUAUAUAAAAUGUGUAUUAUAAAAAAAUCACUUACGUAAUGGGUUUAUCAUAAAUAUUCCUUAUCUUUAUUUUAGCAUUAUCUUGUAUUGUGGAAAAUUUCAGAAAAAGAAAAAAACUAAAAGCUGUCGUAGCUAACAAUAUGUAGCAGAUCGAUAAAAAUGAUAGCAUGUAUAUAAAGACUUCAGCUUAUUUUUCAAAAAUAUAUUUAAAAUAUAUAAUUUUGUUAUAUUCAAAGAGCAAAAUAAAUUUUAUUUAAGAUGUAAAUUAAUUUUUUUAUAAAAAAAAUAUAAUAAGUGGGAGUAUUUGGCAAAACUUAACAUUUUUUAAAAAUCUAAUCAUGCCGUUAUAAAGUUCUUUCAAAAUCAUAAAACUUUUAUUCAUGUUUCAAACAUUUUCUUCAUAUUUUUUAUUGUUUUGGUGAUAUUCGCUAGAACCAUAAAAACCGAGUUUUGUGUCAAAAGAAUUUUUAUACCUAAAAUUGUUUCUCAGUAGUUUAAAAAAUAUAAACUCAACAUUUUUUUAUUUUACAUUUAUUGAACUUUCCUUACUAGAUGAUGUCCUUUGUUAGUAGUGAUUGGCAUUAUCAUCACUGCCGAGUCUAAUAUGUCACUUACUAAGUUAUAAACCAACAAUCAAAAACAGGAUAUCUCCUUGGGGAAAAUUGAGAGCAGAUCAUUAAAAUUUAAUAUUGUUUUCUGCAUGAAUAUUUCGCUAUCCAUAUCGUCUAUCCAGAAUGAAAUACGCGAGUAAAAUUUUCAAUUUUUUAUACAUAAUAAUCAACAUGUACAAGUAUAAAUCCCAUUUUAAAUUAUGAUUUCUGUUUAACAAAAAAAAAAACAAAAUAAAUAAACAUCAUUGUUAGCUCAACAGUAAAAAUGAAUAGAGUGAUUUAUGUAUCGAAUAGAUAUGAUUACGGCCCUAAACGCGCGAAUUUUAUUCAAUUUAUUUAUGCUAAUAUUAACUUUCGCUUGUAGCUAUUAAACUAUUUCAAAUUUUGAUAUUUCUGUAUUAUGCUAUAAUAUAUCUAAUUAAAAUCUCCCAAAUGCGCAAUAAAAAUAAUUUAUUUAACAUUUCAUGUAGAGGGACAAUUUACGUACUUCUAGACAAUAUUAUUAUGCAAAUGUUAAACAUGCGUAUACCUAAAAUGUAAUUAUCUGAAUUUAUGCGAAAAUCAAUGAAAAUGUUUUCAGUACAAGUUCUGCGUAAGUCAAUGGCAAAUUUUUGACCGAUCGUCCCAUUAUAGGGAUAUAUAAUGUAAUAUAUUUAGAUUAAUAAUAUAAUUUUAUUUAAAUACUGAGAAAAAUCUGCCAUACGACCCUUCAAGAAUAAAUGGUGCGCGCAUUGUUGUGUUCUAGUCUGUACUAUAUCAUCAAACAUGUGUCGUUACCAUCUUUAUAUGACCAUUGCAACAAUUAUCUAUAAUUAUGAUUAUCAUAAUUAUAGAUAUAAUAUAAUCAUUAAAAUAAAAACCAAGCGAAUAUAAGAUAAUAUACUCAAAAGGAAACUGUCACUCUUGCACAGGUGCACUUCAACUCGAUAAUGUCGGCAAGAAAGAGGAAGAGAGAAAAGCUGACUUCAUUUGGAAAUACAUGUAACAUCUCGAUAAAUUUAUCAUUACAGCGAAAAUAUAAUAAAACAGUUUGUUUAAGAAAAAUUAGGAGUAUAAAUAAUUUUAUAAGAUUAAUAAGUUAGAUAAAUAAUUUUUCGUAUAAUCGAUCAUGCAAAAUUAAAUUAAAUUGUCAUCAUUAAUUAUAGCUUAUUAAUCUUAAAUUAAAUUAUUUAAUUAAAGAUAAUUUGUACAUAACAAAAUGUUAUUCGUUACUAAAAUUCAAGAAUGCGACAUUCAUGAUUAUAUUUUGCGAUUAUCGCGACACGAUUCUUACACGAAUAAUAUGAAGUUGUCGGUUAGUUGAUGGUCGACCUUGCCGACAAUUGUCUGUUAUAUAAUCAAUGCAAGGCUUUAUCAGUUAACCGAUCUCCAGCCUCCUCCCUUCUCCCAUCUCUUCCUAUGUCAUAUGAGUCUCUUCGAAACAAACGAAAUGUCCUUGGCCGGUUUGAGAUAGCCAUGUUGCAAAUUGCAUUUAUAUAAAGCAAUUAUUGGGCUUGACGCUUGGAGAAGUACUUUAUGAAAGAUAAAUAAAUUAUGGAUUCAUAAAAAACAUUGAAUGCGUUUCCAAUCCAGCGUUUUGUGAAUAAGCGUGUUGUAGUCGUCGCCGACUGAUGGAAAAAGUUGCUAAUUUAAAAUUGAAAUUUCAUGCUACCUAAAAAAAAAAAAAUUAUUUUUCAUCAAGAUGCUGAUCUACAGUUUUUCUUCAUAUUAUCGUUAUCAUUCUAUCGAUCAAAUACGUACAUCAAUAAAUAUGUCGUUUCUUAACAAUUAAGUUCAUGUUAAAAUUAAUAAUAUUUUCAUACUAUAAGCAUUUGAAAAUACAAUAUUUAUGCAUACAAUAUUAUAUAUUGAUUUCGUAUCCUAAUUAUUCAAAAGGUAAACAUUUUAACUUUAUUAUUUACUUUUUCUUUUAAAUAAUUUGAAUAAUUAUUAUUAUAUUGUCAUUUCUAGAAAUAUAUCACUAAAGGUUUGCCCCUUGCAUGAGAUAUUUUAAUGUAAGAAAUAUUUUACAGAAUGCACAUCCGUCGAUCACGGCGACAAUUUCCACGCUUCCACGCUUGUUACGCGACGAAUGUUUCUAUGUACGUGUACAAUGUUAAGCCGAUAGCCUACAAAUUGCUGUGCGGCGAAUUGCGUGUAGGAAUAUAAUGAGGUUCAAUUUUUGUCUAGUCAGGGUUAUAAAUAAAUUUAUCACUUAGUUAUUUCACUUUUAUCGCUGUGAAUACGUAAGAUAUUUUUUUGAUUCGUUCGUCGAGAACUCGAGCGAGCGGACGAAAUUGAUUUUCAUACGUCGAGGGACGACGAGGACGAUGAUUAAACAUACGAUGCAAUUAUCCAUAUUAAUGUAUUGCCAUUAAUUGCUAUUAUUAUUAUCAUUAUUAUUGAUUACCGAUUAUUAUAAUUACAAUUAUUAUUACCGAUUAUUAAUUAUUAUCACUACAGCUAUAUGAUACCUUUGUAAAUGAGAAUCAAGACACACUAAGGGCUAGGAAAAAGAAAAACUUAAUAAAUUGAAAUUCUAUUAACCCAAA